AUUAAUCGUCAGUCUCCCACCUGCAACGAAAACCCUUUCUGCAACUCUCCUCUCCUCUGCUCGCUCUCUCUCUCUCUCUCUCUCACAAAACCGAAAACCCUAAAAAUGGGGAGCCGCCUCGGCCGUCGGGUUGUCCAUUUCCCAAACCUCCCGCUAAAGCUCCUGCUCCCAAACCCUCCCUUCGACUCAAUCCGCGAGUUCGCGCUAAAAACGAUCCCCUCCGCCUCCAAGAUCGAGAUCCGCCGCAUUCUCGAAUCCCUCUACGGAUUCGAGAUCGAUGACGUCCGAACCCUGAACAUGGAGGGCAAGAAGAAGAAACGGGGCGGUUUCCUCGCUGCCAAACCCGAUUACAAGAAAGCCUACAUUACGCUGAAGAACCCGCUGUCGAUUUCGCCGGAACUGUUUCCGAUUCCGUGGGUGACGGAGUCGAUGAAGGAGAAGGUGGGGAAGAGGGCGAAGCCUGCGGUGGUGGAGGAGGGAGGCGAGGACGAAGCGGGUCGGGUUCGGACCCCCAAGCAUUGGUUGGGGGAUCCGGUAAGGGAGGAGGGGAGGAGAGGGGAUAAGACGCGGGGGGUUGGAUGGAGGAGAGGAGAUCAGAGGGGUAAGGGGAAGGAGGGGGAGGAGGAGGAGAAGAGUAGGUUCCCAUGGAGCAGCAUGCGAUCUUGGAGGAGGUAGAGGCGAGGGAUUGUAUGCGUGAAGGCUUAGGAUGGUGGUCAAGCUAUUACUACUUAUUGAGUUUGCAGGUGAUGCGACCUGAUGAAAAGUCUUCCUUGUCGAUGAGGUGCUAUUAUUGCAUCAUCAGGUAAAAUCACUUUGUCAAGUGACUAUGAUACUCAAAACAACUCCCAGCUUCAGAUCUGUCAAUUGCUUGCCGAAUUAGCUCGAACUUUUACUUGUAUGGCUUAUCGCUUAUCUCUCGUGUUCCUUUUGAAUAUUGAUGUUCUAAUACUUGGAUUGAGAUAUCAUGCUUAGUCAUUGAUUAGCUGUAAGUUGCUUCAUCUUGCUAUGCUGUUUUCAUAAUCCGAAAUCGAUUGCAGGAUAUUUUUCAA